AUGCUGGCUCACGAUUUUGUCAAAAAAGAUGAGCGCGUUUAUACCCCGACAGAAUCAUCGCGAUCAGCCUCGUAUUUCUGCGUUCUAGUGCUUACAAAAAUUUUGCGAUGUGUUGGUAUAUUCUUCGUCGAUAUUCUAUCAAAAAGCGUUCAUGUCGUAGAAGUAUUAUGGCUCUGCAAAUUUAUUUCAACAUUAGUCCUUAUUCCACUCCAAAAGCCAUUUACAAAUGGAAAAGCAAUCCGAAAACAACACUGGAUUCGAAUAUCGAAAUUGGCGUUUUUCCAUUGCUUCAUCGAAGCAUUAUGGUUUUAUGGUAUCACAUUUUGUGGACCUUUAAGAUCCGUGCUUGUCUUUGAAAUUAGCCCUUCAGUGAUACUCGCCGGAUUAUUAUCAUUUUUUAAAUCUAGUUCAACUCCGGCGAAAACUCGAGGAUUUCUAUUCUUAAUUAUUGGGUUUGCUGCUUUAAUUCUCAUAGAUCGCGACGGAAUAUCCGAAGAUCCACAUCACAAAACUCAUGCUCAUCAUAGUGGAUUGAACCAUUUAUUCUAUCAUUUAAUCGGAAUGUUUGGAUUUGCUGAUCAUCAGGGUGGAAUUUUCAUACUUCUUCUCGCCUUAAUUCUUCGAAUUCCUUAUGAGACCUCUUUCCGGCACCUAGCUGUUGAAAUUGGUGGUCCGAAAAGAUUGUACGGUGUCGUAACGGCUGUUGCAUUUGUGAUGCUGAUCCCAGCGGCGGUUCUCUCUUUCGUCUUCUCGGCAUCGUCGAUCGUCCCAAUUGGAGUGUUCGAACUGGUCGCACUAUUGAUUGUGAUCACUUUCUUUGUGUUCAUUCUCGAUUUCUAUGCUGAAAGUGUCUGCUUCCAGCAUGUCGCUGAUCCAGUGAUCGCCGCCGCGCGCUGGUCGCCCGUUACAAUGUUCACAUGCGCGUUGGGUCUCGCCUACGCUUGGUAUGGUACUGAUACUCAUGCUCUGACUGCUGGCGUUGUCGUAUCAUUCUUCUGUUUUGUCAUAGCGACUGUCUCGUUAACCUCGGCGAGUCAGCCGAAAAAUCGAGCCGGCCACUUUGUUGGCAUUUCGAACACCGGCUUGCCGUUGUUCACCUACGGCGAAGCAUUUUUGCAGCGAACCUCGAAAUCGAUCACCCAUUUCAUAAAGGAGACGCUGAACGAAAUUCUGCGCAACAAUGAUUCGCGCCGAAUAUUUUAUUUCCUCUGCGUCAAUCUUGGAUUCUGCUUCAUCGAAUUCUUGUACGGCUUCUGGACGAACAGUUUGGGAUUGAUUUCUGACGGAUUCCAUAUGCUCUUCGAUUGCAGCGCGUUGGUCAUGGGAUUAGUGGCCUCGGUGAUGGCCCGGUGGCCAGCAACUAGAGUUUUCACCUAUGGAUUCGGACGUGUUGAAAUUUUGUCUGGAUUUAUUAACGCAUUCUUCCUGUGCAUUAUUGCUUUGUUCAUUCUUCUCGAGGCCCUCGAGAGACUUUUUGAUCCUCCAAAUAUUAAUACCGAUCGAUUGCUGUUUGUCGCCAUUUCGGGACUUCUCGUCAAUCUGUUCGGAAUGUAUUCGCUUGGCGAGCAUGGCCAUAGUCACGGAGGAUCAAGUCAUGGGCACUCGCACGCCGGCGGUGGUUCGCAUGGUCAUUCUCAUGGGAACGCGAACAUGGAAGGUGUGUUUCUUCACGUCCUUGCCGACACCCUAGGAUCGGUCUUCGUUAUCAUAUCGACUUUGUUGAUCCAAUGGUUCGGAUGGGUUUGGGUUGAUCCAUUGUGUUCUUUGAUUCUUUCGUUACUCAUUAUUGGCUCCGUGUAUCCACUUUUAACAUCGAGCGUGAAUACACUUCUUCAAGAUGUUCCUGACGAAGACGAGUUUGAAUAUCACGUUCAUGAUAUUUUAGAAGUUGAGGGUGUCGAGUCAUAUUCAAAUGCCCAUAUGUGGCAACUAAAAUCGGAUAUUAACGUUGCUAGUGUGCAUGUGCAAGUUGCGGCCGAUGCGAAUGUUCAAAUGGUUCGGCAUCGAGUGUCGAACAUUCUCAAAUCGACCGGCGCCACCCAUUCAACGGUGCAAGUCGAGAAGCAGUUGUUCGUUUCAAGAAUUCAGCAAGUGUGUCCUGGUUACAAGCAGGGUCAUUUGGUCACCCGCGGUUCGGUGAUUCGAGAAGCGCAUGGCCAUUCUCAUUCCGGAGAACAUGCUCAUAGUCACGAUCAUCAUGGUCAUACGCAUUAG